CAACACAUUCCAAUAAGAGCGCGAGUGCGGAAUCAAACAAAACAUUAGUACCGGGAUUUUAAGCAGGUAUACAUAAACACAAAAGCAUAAAAAAGAAGUGAAAACUUAAAGUUCGAACAAAGCACCCAGCUUGAGAAGAGGUAACACUUUUUGAAGCAUAAUGGCAUCCGGCGGCUUGACAUGUGUCAAAUACUUGACAUUCUUUUGCAAUCUUCUUUUUGCGCUUACCGGUCUGCUCAUCUUCCUGGUGGGUGGCAUGGUACAACUGAACUAUGCUCACUACUCGAACUUCGUUAGCGAUCACAUCUGGACCGCCCCCAUUAUACUGAUGAUUGUCGGAGCCGCCGUUGCUGUCAUCUGCUUUUUAGGAUGUUGCGGGGCUCUAAAGGAGAGCAGUUGCAUGAUACUGAGCUUCGCCAUUCUGGCCGUGGUGAUAUUUCUGUUCGAGAUCGGACUGGGAGCCGCCGGUUAUAUAAAGCAUACCGGGCUGCAGCAGCUAAUGGAGGGUCAGUUCAACACGACAAUGAAGCACUACAAGGAGCGGGACGACUACCGGGAUGCUUGGACCCUGCUGCAGACCGAGCUGGACUGCUGUGGCACCUAUGGGACCAACGACUGGGACGGCAUCUUCCCCAACAAGACAUUGCCACCGGCGUGCUGCUCUGUGAUUAAUUUGAACGAGGCCGUGGUGUGCACUGAUACCCAUGCAAACAAGCAAGGAUGCUUGCAGAAACUCUUGGAAAUCCUAGACUCGAAGACUUUGAUCUUGGCCUCCGUGGUUUUGGCAGUGGCUGGUAUUCAGAUGCUCACUAUACUGUUUGCCUGCUGCCUCUAUCGUUCGUUUCGCAGGAGCUACGACCAUGUUUAGAUUGCGCAGCGAGGAUCCCGUAUGUCGCCUUUAAAACGGGAACACCGAUUUUCGUAGUUUGUAGUUGUCAUACACAUGCGAAGUUUUCACGUUGGCGUGUCUAUAUUAAACACAAUCACCAGCACUCAAACAGAAAACAAAUCACAAAGAAAUCAUCUGUUUCACUUGCCCAUUGAAGGCUGAUUAGUUUAUCUAUAACUAGGGCAUAUACUGGGCAUACUCAGUUUUCUAAUUACAUUAUCUGAAAAGUACGCGUGUCUAAGCAAACGAAAUUUCUUGCCAGAAUAUAUUAAAUCUUGUUAGAGUUUUGGUUUUUCCAUAUAUUGUCCUUUUUUUUUUGUUUACUUUGGGAAAUUUUUUCCAAAACAUGUUGUAAAGACCAAGACUUUCUUGUACUCCUGAAUUUAUAAUUAUGAAUUUUUCUAAAAGAAAAUAGUCGUCCCCAAAAUGCCAACAUAUCAAAAAAUAAUUCGUUUGCAGUUAAAUAUUUGGAACAUUAUCAAAAAAAAUUCGUUUGCAGUUAAAUAUUUGGAACAUUAUCAAUUUUUUUCAUUCAUCUUUUAACAAAGUGCCCUUGUAGCGAUGUAUAAUCCUUUAAGGAAAGGGUAUUUAAAAUUUGAACUUUUUUCCUCAUCCCAUAAUUUUGCAUAUUGGAAUAUAAGAAGCGGAAAUUAAAUGUUGCAGUAUUUUUGUGCUUGCUAACAUGAUAUUUUCGCCUAAAACACAAUUUAUAACCUUUUCCCCUGAGAUGUAACAGUUUUUUUGCGUCCCUAAAAAUGGAAAAAACUCUAGUAUACACUUAUACCUUAAAAAAGAUGUCAACACAAAGCAUACUCAAAAUGAAAAAUUAUAAAAUCGAAUUUACAAUUUUGAUAUCGAAUUACAUUACAUGGUAUAAUUCUAAAGCGAAACUUGCAUCAGAAUCUUGAGGCUUUAAAAAUAGACGAUCACAGAUAAGUUAAUUGAAUCGAUGUUAAACGUAUCACACAGCAACAUAUUAGCAAUACAUACUAUACAUAUUUGUCUACAGGUCUACAGCUGAAUAUUAAUAAUUACGUAAUAUUUGUAAUAUGUAUUUGUAUUCGUAUUUGAAACUGUGUUUAAAGAACUGUGCAGCACUGAGAAUCCUUAAAUAAAUGAACAAUUUUAAUUCAA